AUGUUCUGCGCAAUCAGCGGAAAAGUGCCCAAGACGGCCGUGCUUUCACCGAACUCUAAAUGCGUGUUCGAAAAGUCAUUAAUCGAAGAGUAUGUCCGACAAAACGGAAAAGAUCCUAUCUCAAAAGAUGCCUUGGAUGUCACGCAAUUGAUUGAAAUAGCACAAACACCGCAACAAUACGCACUGACCAAGGCUGUUAACUCAUCGACACUGAAAUCGAAUUACUCAAUCCCAAAUUUGUUAUCUACUCUUCAGGAUGAAUGGGAUGCAGUGAUGGUAGAAAACUUUGAAUUACACGAGCAACUGGAUUUCUGCAAAAAAGAGCUCUCUAAGGCGUUGUAUCGAUUCGAUGCGGCCAUGAAUGUAGCAACAAAGGCCACGUCCGAAGCCGACCACUUACGAGAAGAGAUCAAGGUUUUGACUGAAAACUUAGGAAAUAGCGAUCUCAACGCCUCUGAAAAAUUAGAAAAUCAAUUCGAACCUGUCAGCGAUGAGUUUUUACAAGAGUUAGCUCGCAAAUCUCAACAAUUUGUUUCGAAGAAUAAAAAACGGAAGUUUAGAUCAACACGACCACCAUCCGAGCUCAAAUUAUUAUGCGAGAGAGAGCUUUCGACAACGGGAUCCUUUGGGAAGUUUACCUUUAAUAGUUUCGCUGGUUCCGAAAGCGGGGCGAAAUUCGGCGGACUUUUCGACACGACUGGGGACGGCUUCAUACUGGUGAACGAGCAGGAACUUAAGUGCAAUCUCGAUGAGUUAACUAGAGGAGAGGCUCUUGUCUCUUGCAUUGUUCCGGCUGAUGAAAAUCGUCUUCUAUUUGGACUGUUAAAUGGAUCUCAUGGCAUUUUCAAUAUCGACACCAAAACCAUAGAACAUAUCCAAUCCUCUGGUCAUGAUCUUGCCGUGGUGUUCAUCGGAUACCUACCCGGUGUAAGCAGGGACGUUUACGUUACAGUACACGAGCAUGGGAACAUCUUUUUAACCGACAUAAAAAAUUCGAGAUCAUACAUUCUGGAAAGCUCAAGCUUCGAAACAUCUUUGGCAGAUAUGCAUAAAGAUGGCCUUCUUGCUUUGCUUGGAAACAAGUCAGACCUUAUAAUACGUGAGAUAACGAAGCUGAAUAGCGAGCCUGUUGAAGUUCUCAAGAAUCAACCUGAAGACGAUCCCAUUGUAAAUGCCCGCUUUGGGUCCAACGGGUAUUGGCUCUUUGUGGCAACUGCAAAAACACUUAAGGUAAUCGAUCUCAGGAAGCCCGCAGGUACCUUGGCUCUCGAGGAAAUUGCUCUAGACGGCGAAAUCAUCAAAUUUUUUGAUACCGACUUAAGUGGCAGAACAUUAUAUCUCUUGAUCGAAGAUGCCAAUGGAACUGCAUUCCUAAAUGUGUAUGUUUACGAUAAAACAGGAAAGAAGUGGCUGUCAACAUUAAAUUGCCCCGUUAAUUCGGCUUUCAAUGUUCUACUGAUCAAAGAUUUGUUAAUACUCGAGGGAGAAAAUGGAAAUGUCCUGAAGCUUCUAGCUGACGACAAGCUUUUGACUGUUAAAGCCUAG